GAAAUAUUCGGUUCACAUGCCGCCUUCCCCGGAGACUAAGGCGUAAAACGUACGUAGUAAAAUAUACUAUCGUUAUGUAGUAUUAUGGAUGAAUUGCGCAAAGUAAAAAAAAUAAAAAAUAAAAUAAAAAAGAACAGGAAAACAGGAAAAACUCCCCCGCAAAUAAACUCGUCCAGUUUUCUACUGGCUGCCUAGAGAUUGAUGGAACAUGGGAGAAAGGUCAGAAUGACCUCAUCGGGAUUGCGGAGACAAAUGAGUCCGGCAGUCCAUCGUCUGGCUGUCACAGGAUAUAUAUUCUCGUUUUGAAAAGCACAUUUGCAAGCUGCUGUCCAGAGCUGUACUUGAGAGGAAGGAUCGCAAUUGAUCUGCCUGAAGAGAAGGGAGAUUCGUCAGUCGCAGAAAAAUAAGGAAAAGAUAAUUCCAUCAUGAUGAAAGAAGCUAUUGUUACCAGGGGUCCGGAGGUAACGAUCGCUGACUCCGAGAUCCCUUCACCGGGGCCGGACCAGCUGGUCAUUCGCGUUGUCGUGUCAGGGAGCAAUCCCAAGGAUUGGAAGGUAACCGAGUGGCUCGGCAAGACCAUGAACACUGGAGAUGACAUCGCCGGCAUUGUCCACUCGGUCGGAUCCAACGUGUGGGAGUUCAAACCCGGUGACCGCGUUGCCUCGUUCCACGAGAUGCUGACGCCCGGGGGGAGCUUCGCCGAGUAUGCUCUGGGACGGCAGCACACCACGUUCCACUUGCCAAGCAAAGUCAGCUUUGAAGAGGCUGCCACCCUACCUCUUGCAUACAUGACAUCAGCCCUCGGUCUGCAUCUCCGACUCGGCCUGCCGGUCCCCUGGACUCCCGCGACCGAGCCCACGCCGCUGGUCGUCUACGGUGGCGCCUCUGCCGUCGGCGCCUUUGUCAUCAAGCUCGCCGUCAAGUCCAACAUCCACCCCAUCAUCACCGUCGCCGGCCGCGGAGCAGACUUUGUAGAGGGCCUCAUCGACCGCUCCAAGGGCGACACGAUCGUCGACUACCGCAAGGGUGACGACGCCGUCGUGCAGGGCAUCCGCGACGCGCUCAAGGGCGCCGAGCUCAAGUACGCAUACGACGCCACGUCCGAGCACAACUCGUACUUCAACAUCGCCAAGGCCAUGUCGACGGGCGGCAAGAUCACUACCGUGCUUCCGGCCAAGGACGAGGCUCUGCCCGACAACGUGGAAAUUACCACGACAAUGGUCAGCACCGCGCACGGCGAUGAAAGCGACUUUGCCUACGCCUGGUUCAGACUGCUUGCCCGUUGGCUGGACGAAGGGACUUUUAAGCCACACCCGCACGAGGUUGUAGAGGGAGGACUCAAUGGCGUGGAGAAGGGACUCAAGGGCUUGAAGGAAGGCAAGGCCAGCGCAGUCAAGUACGUCUUCAGGAUUGCCGACACUCCUGGCGUGUCAGCAGCUCAGUUGUGACCAUGGUUUGCCUGCCGUCCAGGUUCGCUGUGUCUGGUGAGAUAAGUUCAGAGUAGCAAACUCAAACGACAUAUAACGGGAAGAGUGUUUUUUUUUUUUUUUUAUU